AUGCAGGCGUAUAAAGGUAGACCUGGGUCUUCCCCCAGGGCUCAGUCUGGGACAACCCCAGCAGUUUUUGGCUGCCACAUGGACGAUCACGCCAAGCACAUCCAGUCCAUCCCACUCCCAACCAUGCAGCAGAACUUGAACUACGUGUACCCCCAGAUCUUUUGGGUGGAUGGCUGUCCCAAUGCAAAUACUUCCUGCCCUCCAGCACCCCCCAUCGCUCCUUUCCCACCACCAGUACCUGAUCGGAGCCGAAAGCCAAGGAGCAACAGGGAAAGGAGGAGCAUUGGCUUUCUGGUGAUCUCCUUGCUGCUCCUGCUGGCCCUCACUGGAGUUGGGCUGAGCAUGUUUCAGAUUUUCCACCUGGAGAAGGAACUGGCUGAACUAAGAGAGUCUGCCAGCACUGAACAUAUUCCUCCAGCUUUGGAGAAACUCAUAG